CCUGAAGGUCCCAAGAAAUUCCCGAGACUAACCCAAGACCCAAGACUUUCCCCCCCCCUCCUCCUCCCCAGUUUUCCUCUCUUCCCUCUCCCUCCUUCUUCUAGGCACGCGUUUUCUUCCCUCCCUACACCUUUCUAUAUUCCUUUCCCCCAACUCCUUGGAAUUUCCUUGCGGAACACCUUGGCUGAACAUAUAUUCCAUUCAUUGUGGACUGUUGUGCGUGUGUACCCGCAUUGCUGUUGAAUUGACAGUGGACGGUAUACGUGGUAUUUCCUUUCUCUCGUGCCUGGGCAAAAAUCCCGCCAGACACGACAAGACAUUUUCUUGGCAUCAUGUCCGAAAACACUCUUCCCCCAACUUCAACACCCCAGGCUGCGCCAGCCCCAGCACCGGUUGCCACUGAGCAGCCUGCUGUUGCGCAGCCUGCUACGACGCCGACUGCUUCGGUGACGGCCACCGCCGCCGCCGCGACCGCUGCCGUCAACAGUACUCUCAACGGCGCUGGAGAGCAACUCCCCUGUCAGUGGGUGGGUUGUACUGAGAAGUGUCCCUCAGCUGAAGCGCUCUACGAACACGUCUGCGAGCGCCAUGUCGGUCGCAAGAGCACCAACAACUUGAACUUGACCUGCCAAUGGGGCAACUGCAACACCACCACCGUCAAGCGCGAUCACAUCACCUCCCAUAUUCGCGUCCAUGUCCCCUUGAAGCCACACAAGUGCGACUUCUGUGGCAAGGCCUUCAAGCGCCCUCAGGACCUGAAGAAGCACGUCAAGACCCAUGCCGAUGACUCGGAGAUCCGAUCCCCAGAGCCGGGCCUCAAGCAUCACCAUCACCACCACCACCCGGAUAUGAUGUUUCCCCAGAACCCCAAAGGAUACGCUGCUGCCACGCAUUACUUUGAGGGACCUAUGAACGGCGUUUCGAGCGCCGCCUACGCUCAUGGAGCUCCCCAGUACUACCAGACACACCCGCCUCCUCCCGCCGCCAACCCCCAUUCGUAUGGCAAUGUCUACUAUGCGUUGAGCCAGGGUCAUGAUGGUUCCCAAUCGUACGACCGCAAGCGUGGGUACGAUGCUCUGAACGAGUUCUUCGGUGACCUGAAGCGACGCCAAUUCGAUCCCAACUCCUAUGCGGCUGUCGGCCAACGCCUGCUCGGUCUCCAGGCCCUUCAGCUUCCAAUUCUGAAUGGCCCGGUUCCCGAGUAUCAGCCUAUGCCCGCUGCUGUUCCGGUCGCCGGUGGUGGUGGCUACAGCCCUGGCGGUGGUCAUGCGCCCGCGUACCAUCUUCCUCCAAUGUCGAACGUCCGCACCAAGAACGAUUUGAUCAACAUUGAUCAGUUCUUGGAGCAGAUGCAAAACACCAUCUACGAGAGCGACGAGAACGUUGCCGCUGCCGGCGUGGCUCAGCCUGGUGCUCACUACGUGCAGGGUGGGAUGAGCUACCGCGCUACCCACUCUCCCCCUAGCCAGCUGCCCCCUAGCCAUGUUACCGCCACUACUUCUGCUCCUAUGAUGGCCGCCACAGCCCACUCACCCUCUGUUGGCACUCCCGCUUUGACUCCACCCUCGAGCGCUCAAUCUUAUACCUCGCAACGGUCACCGAUCUCUCUUCCCCAGACUCACCGCGUGUCGCCGCCCCAUGAGAGCGGUGCCGGCAUGUACCCCCGUCUGCCGUCGGCCACCAUGUCCGACAACAUGUCGGCGGGUUACCCCACUGCCUCGAGUGCGGCUCCCCCGUCCACUCUGAGCGGCGCCUUCGACCACGAUGAUCGUCGCCGCUACACUGGUGGCACCCUGCAGCGCGCUCGUCCCGCCGAGCGCGAAGCAGAUGAGCGCAUGGAUACUUCGGCUGACGGCGAGCGCACACCUACCAAGGAGCACCCUUCCAUCACGUCGAGCCUCAUUGAUCCUGCCUUGUCGACUUCCUCGAACCCCGACCAGGAGGCUGCUCAGCGGACCGCCCAAGCUGCCACCGAAGUGGCCGAGCGCGAUGUUAAUGUCGCGUGGGUGGAGAAGGUUCGACUUCUGGAGAACCUGCGACGCUUGGUCUCUGAGCUCUUGGAGCAAGGUCGCUGGGAUGGAGACUCGGCUGGUCACAGCGGUGCCGAAGAGUCUCCCGCUCACUCGGGUGAUGGCGCCAUGGACGGUGUUGAGACGGCUAGCACUCGGGACUCUCCUGAGCAUGCCAAGGAGGUGGCCAAGUCUGAAGAGGCUGCGUCAGUUCUCUACCCUACUUUGCGCGGGGUGGACGAGGACGGAGAUGCCAACAUGCCUGGUGACGAGUAAAAAGACAUGGGGAGGCUCUGGGAGGUUAUAUCCGUUUUUCCUUCUAGUUAUUUAACGCAGUCACGACCUAUUCUGUUUGUCUGGAACCACCUGUUUCUUAUUGUCUGGUUGGGGGCUACUCUACACUACCCUUUUUUUUUCUUUCUUUUUGUCUCUUCUAUAUAUGCAUGUUGCCUAAGGCUUCAUCAUUGUUCCCAUGUUAUUUCUAUAUCUUUUUCUACAUUUUCUCAUUCAUCUGAUACUCUUGUCUCUUUCGAGAUCUCUAUUGGUCUGAACCCAUCCGACCCUAUUCGGUCUACUACCAUCUGUAUUGUAUGAUCCUUGGGCGAGGUUACCCUGCCCACCUGUUUAUUUACAGUCAAGUUUGUUUGCGUCUAA